AUCUAGAUUUUUGCUUGAAAAAAUCUUGUUAUUUGUACAUCAGUUGUAACUCAAAAUAUCACUCAUAACAUGUAUUAAUUUUGCUUAUUUUUGUGAAGGUUAUAGCCAGUUAAACUUCUGGACUGGACUUCAUAUGUCUAUGAGGAGACAUACAAGUACGGCUAAAGCAACAGUAGCAAAUGCAGGCAUAAAUUCUUCCUUGGUCUGCGUGAGAGCGCCUUCACACCCACCCACACGCACACACAUACACACACACACACACACACACACAUACACACACACUCACACACUCACACAGAGCUACUCUGUAAACAUACUGCAGGAUCUUCUCACACAGGAGCUAAAGAUGGUGCUGUUCAGUAGUGUGUGAUGAAGGAUUUUGAAGGCCAGAACUGUAAACGAACUAUAGUGCAAGCACCAGUGCCUACCAGAGAGGACAUCAUUGCUUUCCACAUAAGCCUGAAGAACAUUAGGAAGAUUUAGUACUGAACUGAUCAUCAUGAUAGACCUGAGCUACUUGACUGAGGAGGAGCAGGAGGCGAUUAUGGCGGUGUUAAAGAGGGACGCAGAGCUGAAGAAGGCAGAGGAAGAACGAAUCAAGACUGCUUCAGGGUGAGUCGACUAAUUACAUUACCUUCGGCUUUACAUGAAAAACAUUCAGAUGGUGCUAAAAUGGCCAUAUGGGUGAAAAUGAAGUGCUUCUCUACUUUGUUACUAAGUGUGAACCAUUUUGAACAGCCAGUACUAAACAGACUGCACAUGUAAUGGAAGAAUAUGGACAUAAAAGGAGGAAUGCAGAAACUGGCCACAACUAGGCAUUUGCAAAAACAAGGCCCUGAGGAGGGCAAACUGAAGUACAUUACAGGGGAGUGGUUUUAUGAGGUAAAGUCUCAGAGACACCAGGACAGAAUUCACGGCUCAGAUAUCAUCAUGGCAUCCAUGAAACAGAAGAAACCCAUGACAGUAGAGUUUUUGACACAGUCAUGGAGAGAGCAACCACAACCAAUGUCAACAGACAAUCUAAAGGAAAGUAACAGGAGACCAACCGAGACUCAGCAAGAACGUGUAAACAGGCAAAGGCACAAUCCUUUCAAUAAUGUUCCAAUUGAUCUAGACUUUGAUUUAACCAAUGGAGCCUCAGUGCCUGAAAUUAAGAAUCCACCAGCAGAAGUGCUAUCUUCACUAGAGACUCAUGAAGGAUCAGAAAUCGAAACCAAGGACAAAGUCUUUGAUAUUUUACAAGAAACAACCCCUCGUCAAAAACCUGUGCCAAAAAAAAGAACUAAGCUUUUUAAGCUCCAGAACCCAGGUGCAGACAGCACCAGCUCUGUCUCCACCCAGAGUGUGUCUACAAGUUCUUCUGUGUCCACACAAAGUGUGUCUACAGGCUCCAGCACCAAGUCCCCUGUGUCCACCCAGAGCAUUUCUACAAGCUCAGACAGUAGGUCUACUCUGUCUACUCAGAGCAUGUCUACAAACUCAGAAAUCAGGUCCCUUCCACCAAAAGGUAUCCUCAAACACAGUUCCAGCUGCAGCUCUGGUGACUCCAACAUCAAGAGCAAGCUGCCUCAACCCCUCAGAUCCCUCAGUAUGGUUUCCACCAAGACUGGUCCUGAACAAAUUCUUGAAGAGAAUGCAAUAAUUCAGGAGAGGAUAGAAGAGUCUUCCUUCAAUUUAAAAGAUAAAGAACCAUUGAAGCCCACUUCCCCACUGAAGUCUACCUUUCCAAAGUCACGACUGCCAGUCCGAUCCUCAUUGCUGUUAAAUUAUCCAACACAGACAGCUCAAGAGAAGCCAAAAAUUCAGCCACGACUGAGUCUGAGUUCCAGCACACAGUCAAAUGAUGAACAAAAAACAACAGACGUACUGCAUACAAAACAAAAAUAUGAAAAUAGUUUUGGUCAAAAUUGGUCAACAUCUGCGGAACCAGAAAAACAAAAUAUAACUGAUGGUAUAAUGAAAGAACCUCUGUCCAUUCCUAGAACAAAGGCCAGGUCACCAUUUGAAUCCCUGUUAGCUAAACCAUUAAAUGAGAGCACUACCCCUCAAAUCUCACCAAAGAACCUGGAGAAAGAGGACAGUAAGACAUUCAAGAGGGAACAUGAAAAGACAGAAGAAAAAGGGGACCUUCCUUUGAGCAUUACAGCUCAACCCGUAUAUGAAACCAACCCAACUAAUGCCUCCAGUAAGACUGAUGUUUUCCUUUUGGCACUUGAAAGUGACCACAGGCCACAUCCAUUCAAUAUAAAGAUAACUAGAGACACUAACAUGAAAACAGAGGACUGCAAAGAUCCUCUCAUGGUGAACUCCCAUUCUCCCAAAGCCUCUGAAGAACAAGGGGACUCCAUUGCUAAAGUUCUUGAAUGGUUCAGCAGGAGCUCAGACAGCAGUGAUAAACUUGACUGUGAGGACAUUAUACAAGACACUGAAGAUGAUAUCAAGAUUGAGGACAUUGACUUUGAAGAUGAGAUCAAUUCAAGACCCAAACCAGAGAACAAUGUUUACUUGAUAAUUCCAAGACAGAGGGAUGAGGAUGCUGCUAUGAUGAAUGAUGUAUUUUUAAAAGAGAGAGAUUUGGCAGUAGAGCUGAACCUGGAUAAGAAAGAACCUUCUAUAAACUCUCAGGGUGUUCAGGAACUAAUUGGUCAAACUAAGCCAUUGAGGGCAGAAGCACUCCCUGCCAUGGAAUCUUCUACUAUAUUCAGCCAAAGAUUACCACAGGACACCAAUAAUAGACUGUUGGACCCUGAGAAAACAUGUCCAAAAGAGAAAGUGCUAGAUACAGUUAGCAAAAAAGAAGAAAGCAGAAAUGCAGACAGGACAGGAAUUCCAGACAGUAAGCCCACUCAACAUAAACUGGACCUUGAGGAGAGACAGUCACCAAAAAUUGCCAAUUUGAGGUCACUCUGGGAUAAAGGUACCACUGAGGCCCCAACGAUGCUGGUGAGCAAACCAAAUAUAAAUUCUGAAAAGGAACCUCUUGACCAAAAUAUUGUUGUCAGGAAGGUGAUUGAGUAUGAAGAGGAACCAACCAAAGUUGACAUUAGUCCAAAAUAUUCAGUACUUGAGAACAAGGAACAAUCACAUGUAAAGGAUGUUUCUAACGUAGAUGAGAUACAAUCUGAUAACACCACCUAUGAACGUUUAAAUAAGAAAGAGGCCAUUGUCAGAGAUAAAGCAAAAGAUAUGCAAGCACCCAUGAGUAAUAUAAAUCAAAUGAAAGAUAUAAUGACUCUGAGCACCAUCUCAGACAAAGAUGUUACCAAAGUUUUGGGCCAAAAAUCCUCAUCUUCACUAGAUUUUGGGCUCCAGAUGGGAGACCAGAGCAAUGGAAAUGUUGGAGGAAAUGUUAAUAGUAAUGAGGAAGGACCUACGACUGCAGCAGUACUAGAGCUGGACCAAAAAGUAAAGACAGAGGAAAAAGAAUCACAGCUAAAACCUCCACCAUCAUCUGAUGUUCACUCGCAGCAACAAAAUCCAGUCCCAUUAGCAAAGCAAAGUGGGGAGCAGCAAGACAGCAGGGCAGAAAGGAUAAAAGAGCUCAAAUCAUUCUGGGAAAGAGAGAAAUUGCAAUCAAAGAUAUAUAUGAAAUCAGCAGCAAAUGGCGCAAACGCAUCUGCGACAUCCACAAAGCUGAAUAAAAGGUUCACCAAAUCAGAAUAUGAUCUUAGAUCCAUUGGGACAGAAUCAGAGGCAGAAACUGCAAAUUUUACAGUUCUUCCGCUACAAGACAGAAUAGAAAAGACAGUCACAGGAGAAGGUAUGAACAGAUUACAGUUUAAGAUGCUCCGUGACUUCUGGGCAGGAGCAAGCCAGCAGUCAUCCAAUUUUGAAAACCAAACUCAAAAUCCAUUAAGUCAGGAAGUUAAACAUACAAAAACUCACAAAGAGGUAACUCAGCUUGAACUGGUAGAUGCAAAGCACUCUUUGAACCAAAAUGUUUGCCCAAACCAGUCAGACAAAGGGUUUGGAAAUGACAGUGGAAAUGCUAUGCCUCCAAAAACAGACAGAGGGCUCCAGUCAUCUUGUCUAAAAGAGAAAACUGUUGUCAAACAUCCUGAUACUGGUACCACAGUUAACUUGUAUUACUCUCCAACUGAGCCAGAUGUUCUGAGAUCAUCUUAUUGUCCUCAGCCAAAGAGUGGCUCACAGUUAUCUUCAAAAGAUACAGCAUCUCCUAAAACUCCAGGGAUGCUCAAUAAAGAAUCACAACAGCAGACUAGAAGUAGCGUCAAAGGAACUUUAAACGGAAGAGGAAAUUCGCUUCGACGUGCCACCAGCAUGUUUGCAAUAAACAUGGAAGAUCAGGGUCAAGAUUUACUCUUGGAGUCCAAGAAAGUAUCUGACACAGUCCUCCCACAGCUUGCAAAGACAACAGAAAGUACAGUGUUGCCAUCCACAAAAACACCAGAAGCUAAUUUACAGGUGAAAAAGUCUCCAGAAAUCACCAAGAGUAAGCAUAAAGCCACUGAGAGAAGCACUUCAGAGGAUUCUGAUUCUCAACCUCUUGCCAGGUCUUUUGUUCCCCGAGACUACCAGCAUUACCUGGGAAUCACAGAAAACAAAGGCAAGUACAUUUCUCCCCAAGGUACAGAGGAGAUGAAUGAAUUAGUCUGCACCUCAUUUCAGAAGGCCGGUAGUGAGAGGUGUUGUCCUGAGCAAGCUGACACUCCCCUAGACUCUGCAGAGCUUUGCACCAGGAGAGGGAGCUUGGGACUACGACCCAGUGCACAUGCUAAUGAAGAUGUCAACCCCAAGACCUUAAACAGAGUUGACUCCUUCUCUGGAGCAAGUGCAAACUUUUCUGAGGUGAGCCUAGUUCAGGAAGUGCUGAGACGGGCGGCCACUAGACCUAUAUACCAUAAAAGCCUCGAAGACAUUACUGCAGUACCAAGACAAAGUAGAAAAAACAAACAUGUGGAUGAUUUCAUACCUGGCAGCUAUGCAAUCUCUAGCACUCCAUCCCCAUCCUCAUCUUCCUUCUCAGAUAAGGAACGCUUGAGGAAAAUCAGCAAAUCUGUUCCCUCCUUCCUGGAGAACGAGAAUGAUGGAGAUGAGAGUGAUUCGGAGUGCAGCUCCCACAGUGGCAAGUACUGGAAGAACAGCAGCCCCCAAGCUAAACUUAGCAGCAACUUGCGCAUGGCCACGGCGUCUUCGAUGAGCGGGAGCAUAAUGAGCAUUUCCAGUUCGGACUUUGCAAAUGUUGAAGUUCAAGGGACCAUCCAGUUUUCUAUCAACUAUGUCCAGAAGCUGAGGGAGUUCCACAUCUUUGUAGUUCAGUGCCAAAAUCUGGCCGCAGUAGAUGUGAAGAAGAAUCGAUCUGACCCGUAUGUUAAAAGUUAUCUUAUACCUGACAAUGCCAAUUUGGGAAAAAGAAAAACAUCAGUGAAAAAGAAGACCUUGAACCCAACAUAUAACGAGAUUCUGAGGUAUAGAGUUCGAAUGGAGUACUUAAAAACCCAGAUCCUUAACCUCUCUGUUUGGCACAAUGACACAUUUGGUCGCAACAGCUUCCUGGGAGAGACAGAGAUUGACCUUUCCAACUGGGACUUUGGAAACCCUCGGAUUAACUGCUUAUCCCUCAAACCAAGGACCACAAGCAGCAUCCUGCCCACAGAGGAUAGAGGCGAGAUGAGACUGGCCAUACGGUUCUUACCUCACAUCUCCCAGUCAAAAUCAGUCCUAGGCUCAGGUGAAAUUCACAUCUGGGUCAAAGACUGCAAGAACCUUCCUCCAAUCCGAGGUGUAACUAUAAACCCAUAUGUGAAAUGUUAUGUUUUGCCAGACACCAGCAAAAAGAGCUGCCAGAAGACACGGGUGUUAAAGAGGACACCAAGUCCUGUGUUUAACCACACAAUGGUGUAUGAUGGAUUCAGGACAGAGGACUUGAAGGAGGCCUGUGUGGAGCUCACAGUGUGGGACCGUGACCGACUGGCUGAUCACCUGGUGGGAGGACUGAGACUUGGUCUGGGAACAGGGCAGAGUUAUGGGGCAAAAGUGGACUGGAUGGACUCCACUGCUAAGGAGGUGGCUUUAUGGCAAAGAAUGAUGGAUUCGCCAAAUGAGUGGGUGGAGGAUGUGUUGCCUCUGAGAAUGGUGACAACAGCAAAAAAUACUCGGAAAUAACUUUGUUUGAAAAUGUCAAAAUGCAAGAAUAUACUGUAUGAAUAGUAUUUUUAAUUAUAUUACUUAGUACUUCUAAUCAUAUAGUGACAUUAAACAAGUGAAUAUACAUUAUAAUUACCAUUUUUACAACCAUCCUACUGAUAUUUAAAAGCAUCUUAUUUUAUUCACAUAGCUUUAGAUUGUGGAGGAUAUUUGAAUAAAUUCACAGCAUUUGGUGUCACUGACUUUGUCAGAAACUGACAUACCUAUUGUCAUUUUAGCUGAAAUUUUAAAUUCACCUAAUAAAUUGUUGUUUUGUUGACUGUUUAUUUAUUGUAAUCUACAUUUUUAUGCUUCCACCACUAGGUGGUAUAAUGUCUCAUCCUUUUCACCAGGUAGUAUAAUGUUUUCAGACUGUCUGUCUGUCCAAGGAUCUGUACAAUCUCAUUAGCACAAUAUCUCAAGAAUGAAUGGUUGACUAUUUGUAGGAUUUAUAUGGAAUUGUCACUGUAAGUAGCAGAUUAACUGACUUGAUUUUAGAAUUGAUCCAAACAGGUUCAAGGUCACAGCAAGGCCAAAUAUUUUUUCUUCAAGAGCUUCCUUCCUAUUUGAAGUUGUUUUUUUUUGUAAGGGUACUUAAGGCAUACAAAUUAGUAACAAGAAGGACUAGACCUGUUGGCGGUGGAAGCAUUCCUAUCCACACCACUGGUACCGAGUUCUACUUGGUCUAAAAAGUUGGACUCACAUGGAUAUUUUACGAAAUGCUAAACAUUUCUGUCACAUGGGGCUUGUCUCAUGAAGCAGGACUUAUUGUUUAGCUAACUUUCAAUUUGGUGGUUUACUUCUUAAUAGAUUACCUCACAACUUAUGCUGCACACAUAAUCUGCACUAUGACAUGUUCAGGAUAAAAGACUAUAAACAGCUGUUGAAUUAGCUGUCAGAAUUCUUUCCUUAUGUAGGCCAUUAAGCUUCCACAGUGGUAAUAGUUUUACCACUUCUUGAAAAUUUAUGGAUUUAGGAGCAUAUAUUGUUAAAUGGUCACUUUAUGGCUAUUUAGGAUAACAGGAUAUCAGGAUAACAAUAGCAAUAUUGUUGUUGGAAAAAAUCAGGAUAAAGGCACACUGAACAAUACUUAGCAUCAUGUGAUAGUUUGGAGUCUGUUUAUUAUUGUGUGUGGGUGUGAGAUUGGACACAGGUGUGCAUGAUUAGAUGUCAGGUGAGCUUGAACACACCAUUGAGGCAGUGUGCUGGGGAGUGUAGUCCUGAC